CGCUAUCCUUUGCAUUGCAUUGGACUGCAUUGGAGUAGGUUGGCUAACCUGGAUAGAGAGGGAUGGUAGUGGCAGGAUAACUAUUAUCAUCGGAUUUAAUACAUCCAAUUCUUGGAAACGUUUCUUAUACAUUUACAUCUUUAAUCGUAAUACAUGGAUGUUUAUUUGGUGGUACCCUAGAUUUCUCAUGAAGGUAGGCUUUUUUGUUAUUCAUAUAUUUUCGCUGUUGCAUUUCGACUGUGCACAGCUCAGCUCCCUGUGAGUCGUCGGUCUGUCAUUACAGGAUAUAGAUCGUAGCCUAUCUACCGUUUAUAGACAGUAAUAAAAACACGUCUACCUUGACAUCUAAACUUGACCCACCAAUCUGAUUUCUGGACUGUCUCAUCACGGCAUUCACGAGAUGGACGAAGACAAUCAAGUACCUCAGGAUCUCUCACUGGAAGAGAGGGGUGAGCUGUCAAACAUCCGGCGGAGGAAGAGAGAGCUGCUGGACGAUAUUGAACGCUUGAAGUUUGAGAUAGCUGAAGUCAUGACUGAGAUUGAGCAACUAACAUGUGUAGGAGAAAGCAAAACAACACAGCGGAACAAACAAAUCGCCAUGGGGAGGAAGAAAUUCAACAUGGAUCCUAAGAAGGGGAUCCAGUUUCUCCUGGAGAACGACCUUCUGCAGCACACCCCAGAAGACAUCUCUCAGUUCCUCUACAAGGGCGAGGGCCUGAACAAGACGGUCAUCGGAGACUACUUAGGGGAGCGAGAUGAGUUUAACCUCAAGGUGCUGCAGGCGUUCGUAGAGCUCCAUGAGUUUGCUGACCUCAACCUCGUCCAGGCCUUAAGGCAGUUCCUGUGGAGUUUCCGUCUUCCUGGUGAGGCUCAGAAGAUUGACCGGAUGAUGGAGGCGUUUGCCUCGCGGUACUGUGGCUGUAAUCCGGGGGUUUUCCAGUCAACAGACACAUGUUAUGUGCUGUCGUUUGCCAUCAUCAUGUUGAACACCAGCCUGCACAACCCCAACGUCAGAGACAAGCCCCCUGUGGAGAGAUUCAUCUCCAUGAACAGAGGUAUCAACGAGGGAGGAGACCUGCCAGAGGAACUACUCAGGAAUUUAUUUGAUAGCAUCAAAAAUGAACCCUUCAAAAUCCCAGAAGACGAUGGCAAUGAUCUUACACAUACGUUCUUCAACCCCGACAGAGAGGGAUGGCUACUGAAACUAGGUGGAAGAGUGAAGACCUGGAAGAGACGGUGGUUCAUUCUGACUGACAACUGCCUGUACUAUUUUGAAUACACAACGGACAAGGAACCUCGUGGGAUCAUUCCUCUAGAGAACCUUAGCAUAAGAGAGGUGGAUGAGCCCAGGAAGCCUAACUGUUUCGAGCUCUACAACCCCAAUCACAAGGGUUCAUUGAUCAAGGCGUGUAAGACUGAGGCGGAUGGCCGGGUCGUCGAGGGCAACCACACAGUGUACAGGAUUUCAGCGCCCACCACAGAGGAGAAGGAGGAGUGGAUCAAAUCCAUCAAAGCAAGCAUCAGCAGGGAUCCCUUCUAUGACAUGCUAGCCACCAGGAAGCGGAGGAUAGCCAAUAAGAAGUGAGGAGAACCUGACCACACCCACCCUAUCAUCAGUGACACCAGCAUGGACCUCCAUCGGUCCAGGAGAGGGGG